UUCUAUUUCUUCAAAACAUCUAUACAGAAAGUGUCAUUAUCUGGUACACAGCUUGGACAUCAUCAAGUGCGCUUUCAUUUAACAUUAUUUUUCAUUAUUUGAGUGAAGAUGGAUCCUCCAUCACCAGAUAGCAUCCAACCUCUCAGCAAGAGAGACGCUCAACAAGCCUUCAUCAAGUAUGCAUCAGAGAAAUGUUGCUACAGCACAAAGCCUGCAGAGGAGGGAGUGAUCACCCUCAUGGAGACCUUUGAUACAUACAGAUAUUGCCUGGAGACAUUCACUGAGACACGAACUAUGGAGAGGAGUCAAAAGCCAUAUUUUGGUGAGAAAAUAGACACAGAGCAAAGAACUCCACCUGGGAAAUGGGAGAUUCCAGUUAAUGCACCUGACUUUUUUCAUGAAGGAAGACAUGAGGUUGAGGUGCCUCACACAUCAUCUGUUAAGGCCUGCAUUCCUUGUUGUGCCACAGGGAGAAUCUCCUGCAUGUCCUGCGGUGGGGCUGGAGGAACAGUAUGCUGUGGGUGUGGUGGCAGCGGUCUUACCUUUAACAGUUUAGACUGGAAUUUGUGCGUUUUCUGUAACGGAUGCAGGAUGACAAUUUGCGGGGUAUGCAACGGCGCAGCUGAGGUCAGAUGCUUUGUCUGCUUGGGCAGAGGAAGGAUCAGAGUCUUUACCGUCCUCAUUGUGAGCUGGCAUAACAACAGAGACCAGCACACUGUUGAACAAUUCAGUGGUUUAAAGAUGUCCAAACUGGAUAAAGUGCCUGGAAGGAUGAUGUUUACAGACACAGGCGACAUGGUUCAUCCAGUCAGAAACUUCUCAGACCCUGCAGUUGUGCAGACUUCAGAAAGCUUCCUGAGAAAGCACCAGAAGAAUCUGCAAAGUUCAAAGACAUGCAUUUUAAAGCAGCGACAAACCAUCGAGCUGCUUCCUAUUAGCAAGGUGACCUAUGAAUGGAGGGAAGAGUCACAUGUGUUCGUUGUGUAUGGGAGAAACUUCAAAGUCAGUGCUGAGGACUAUCCUGCUGCCUGCUGCAGCUGCUGCUCACUGAUGUGACUCAGCCUCAUCCUGCGCAGGAUUUAUGCUAACUGUGUGUUACCCUUGAUUUAGUUGUGCAAACCUUUUUUUAUUUAAAUCCAUGAAUCUAUAAUAAUUUGUAAUUUUAUAAUAAAACUAUAAUCUAAAUUUCAUUUUAUUUCCCAAGAUACAAAUACAUUGUUCAACUACAGGUGAUAAUAAGUGAGAUAAAUGACAUUAUUGCACUUUAAUCACUGAAUUAUGCUCUGAUAUCAGAAACUGAAUUUCAUAGUCAAUGGU